AUAAAAGCGCACGCGCCGGCGCUCCGGCCUCAGAGCCGCCGGGACUGAGGGCGAAGACUUGCGUAGUUCUGUAGCUGUGGACUCGAGCUCCGGCGCUGCGGGCUUCGGGGCUGCGCUCGCGGGUCGCUCACCAUGUCGCGUUACGGGCGCUACGGGGGCGCGGAGACCAAGGUGUACGUGGGCAACCUGGGCACGGGCGCCGGCAAGGGCGAGCUCGAGCGGGCCUUCAGCUACUACGGCCCCCUGCGGACCGUGUGGAUCGCGCGCAACCCGCCGGGGUUCGCCUUCGUGGAGUUCGAGGACCCUCGAGAUGCAGAGGACGCCGUGAGAGGCCUGGACGGGAAGGUCAUUUGUGGCUCCCGAGUGAGGGUGGAACUCUCCACGGGCAUGCCCCGGAGAUCUCGUUUUGAUAGGCCACCAGCCCGCCGUCCCUUUGAUCCCAAUGAUAGAUGCUAUGAGUGUGGCGAAAAGGGACAUUAUGCAUAUGAUUGCCACCGGUACAGCCGCCGGAGGAGAAGCAGGUCACGGUCUAGAUCACAUUCAAGAUCCAGGGGCCGGAGAUAUUCUCGCUCUCGAAGCAGGAGCCGGGGCCGAAGGUCAAGGUCGGCUUCUCCCAGACGAUCGAGAUCUGUGUCUAUUAGGAGAUCAAGAUCGGCUUCUCUCAGACGCUCUAGGUCUGGAUCCAUAAAAGGAUCGAGGUAUUUCCAAUCCCGGUCGAGGUCCAGGUCCAGGUCCAGGUCUCUCUCACGACCAAGAAGCAGCCGAUCAAAGUCCAGAUCUCCAUCUCCAAAAAGAAGAUAAUAAGAGUGUGAGAGACAGAGAGAAGGAACACCACAGCACUGCUCCACGGCUUGUGAAGCUUCCCCACUUGCAUGGUGGUGCCCAGAGACUUGAACGCAGAUCCUCGCACAUCACAAAGUGUACACUCCUGGGUGAGCUAUCUCCCAGCCCUUGGACUGUUGUUAAGCAGAGAUGUGUCCAUUCCUGAGCCAGGCUUCUCCCACCACAUUGGCCUAUUUGUAGAUUAAUAGUUAGCAACACCUGUUGCACCUGGUAGCUGUAGAAUGUUGUCGGUAGAUUUUUGAGGUAAUGAUUAUUUUAGCAGGUUUUUUGAAAGCUGGUUAUUUUGUAACCUUGAAGAAAACAAAACAACAAAAAAAAACAGCACAAGCAUUGACCCGCCUAAUUAUAUUUUUUAAGCAAAGUUGAGUGGAAUUGGAAUUUGAGUACUACUAGUCUGCUUGAGUUUAGCUUUAGCAUGCUGGAAAUUUGGUUUGAUUAUAAGGCUGAUACGAAGAAGCUUUGUAAUGCAGGCUUAUCUGUAGUACUGAUCAGCUUUCAUUGUGUAUGGAAGAAUAAAUUUGCAAAGCACCAUCUUGGUA